UAAAGUUAUUUUUCCCUUGAAAAAAAAAGUGACCUAGGGUUUAUCCGUCCUUCGAUCGAAUCCCUCCAGACGAAAGCAGGUUCAAAAUUACAGUGAAAGAGAGAAGAAACAAGAUCUGGAUCACUGUGACGAAGUGCUCAAGACAAUUAGGGUUUUCACGAAGGAACCCUGUUCGUCGCCGUUGCACGCUCCAGGUACGGAUGGUGGGUGCUGCUGUGCCGUGGUGAUGGAUCUUCGAUCGACUUUACCCAAAAGCGAUAAGUCGUCGUUGCCCCGGCGAGUUGGUGAUGGACGUGGACGUUCUGCCGCCUUGAUAUUGCACCUGUUAAGUUCUCUGGAAAAUGGCGAGUCGUCGUUUCAAUUGGUCGAAGGAGGGCUUGGAGUUUCCUUCCCCUCGAUUAUCAUCUUCAAUAAGUGGUUCAAGACGAGAAUUAGAUUCUCUGAUAUCCCAGAAUUUUCAGAUUUACUCUUUGAUAAGUUACAGGAGCAGUUCGAUUGGUUGCUCUCUGGCAUGAGUCACCCAGCACCUUCCACUUUCACUCGUUCUUAUAGGGAGGAACUCAUACUUCUCUUCCGGUGCUGUAUGCACAUGCUUCCGGUCCUUGAAUUUAAUCUCAGCCUGGUCGUGGAGAAAUGUGCUGUUGUCUUGUCUAUUAUACGACGUUUGUGUUCACCGGGUUGCAGGAUUCAGGAGUUGAACGAAGAAGCUAGAAGACAAAUGCUCCCCUUUUUCUGUAGAGUUCUUGAGGUAUUCUUGGAAGAAUUUAUGAUGGACUGCCAAAUUAGAAAACAUCUUAUGAUAACGGACAAGAUUUCUUCCACAGCAGAGAAGAUUUUUGUAUAUGAUGGAAGCUGCGGUAAUGCACAUGUGAUUCAAGAGAUUAUUUUUGGUCAUUUCCUUCUAUCUGCAAAUGAUGAAUGGAUGUUGAACAGGUUUUUCAACUCAUUAUCGUGGGAAAAUGAAAUUGAGGAUGAUGUCUCUGAACUAAGCCUGACUACAUCCUUGUUGUUGCUGGGUAAACGCAAUAUGUUCCUUAUGCCAUGUUUACUGGAAGCUCAUCUGAUUUUGUGGGCUUCUAAAUGCAUUAGUAUACAAAAGCCUAAUGAUGAUUGGGGAUCAAAUGAAAGACUCACAAAUUUCCACAUUAUAGCAUUUGAAAAUUCUGUCAAUGUUUAUGAAGAAUACAUUUCAAUACUGAAGUUUGUUGCUAACACUAAUCAAGUACAUGCUCAACCAAGUGAUCAUGUGAAGAAACUACAGUUCGAUUCUUUUAUUCACCCUGCAACUCAUGAGAGUCUUCAACAUCGGAUGAACUGCUUGAUUAAUUUUUGUUGCUUGAAUUCCCAGGGCUUUCUUUCUGAGACAAAAGAAGAUAUCACUCAUAAAUCUCUUUCUUUCAUCAAACGAAAUGGUCAUAUUUUAGAUGGCAUGUACCUGGAUGAAGCUUGUUUGAUUUUACAAUACAUAAUAUUGAAUAUUCUUUCAGAGAGAAAUGAUACUUAUGGAGAGUAUCAAAAUGGUAGUGAAAUUCAAUCAGAGAUCUUUUGUUUUGCUGCGGUACUGAAGUUAAUGAGUUCAUCACUUUUGCAAAUGACAUGGACGUUGAAGGAAAAUGCUAUGGUAAGCAGCACUCAAACAUCAGAGAAUAAGUUUGCUUCCAGGGAAUAUAAUUUCAUGUCAGACAUUAUAAGCCGCUUCAGAAAAUAUAAUACGAGUGAAGUUGUUAAAACAUGUUUGCUGGAUGUGAUUGGAACGAAAGCUAGAAAACAUGAGUCAUGUCUCAUGUUUGCACAUUUUGCAAGCUUGUUAAGUUACAGUUUUGUAAAAAAGCUUGUUUUUUUGUGGAGUAACUGCAUCAUUGUGAUGAUGACCAUUCUCAAUCUUAUUAUUUUUGAAGAUGGUAAUCUGGAUAUUUUCACAGAGUUGGUUGUGAAGUACAAGGAAAUGAUUGGUCCAAGUCCACAAGUAAAAACAGCCAAGGCAAUAACUCACAGAAGUCCAAGUUCAAUAAUAGCAUCAAAUUUCCAAGAAUAUCGAAUGGCCUAUUCAAGGAAAAAAGGCAAGGAACAAGCAUCUGAAGGUGAUACAUGCAAUGGCGACAAUUUUCUGCAGUGGUAUUUACCUGGAUACCAGGAGAAUUCUGCUGCAUUCAGUGAUUUGGCCGAUUUGAUUGAAUGCAAGCCUGGUGUGGAUUAUUCUCGUUGGUUGAAAAAUCGAAGAAGAUUCAACAAAUGGCUACUGAAGAAAAGACACCGUCUUCAUCCAAUUGGUUCAAACCGAUGAGCUUGUGUUUUAAUGUGCAGGACUAGAAGUGAAAUCAUCUUGUGUGUGUACAAAACAAAGAAUCCCCAGUUCUCAAUAUUUAUCCAAUUGCUUCUUAUUAGUCAGAAAGAGACUACCUAUUUCACGCUGGGGAUUCCUGUAAGUGGUUUGUAGCUUGUCGUUAUUGUUUUUAGUCUUACAAAGCCAAUUAUAAA